AUGGCAUCACCCGCUGAAGUAACAACAUCGGAAGAAGUUAUAUCUCAAAAUUCAACCCAACUCCAGAGCAGUAGGGGAAAAAGUGAUAUAGCUUGGGGUCAUUGUAAACAAAUUGAAGAGAAAGGAAAACUUGUUAAUUUGUGUAUUUACUGUAAUAAAAUUAUUAGAGGAGGAGGGAUUAACAGGUUCAAAUUGCAUUUGGCUGGAAUAAAAGGUCAAGUUGAAGCAUGUAAAAAGGUGCCUCCAGAUGUCCAAUAUCAAAUGAAACAAAAUCUUGAUGAAGGUGCAAACAAGAGAAGAAAGACUCAAGCACAAAACUCAGAUGUUGAUCUUACUACUCAAGAGGGUGGUGCAGUAGAAAUGGAUGUAGAACAAUCAAAAUCGGAUUCGGUGAUUGUGUCUCAAAAGAGGAAGAAUACAAGUCGUAUUGGUAAUUAUUUUAUGCCUAGAACAACUCCUGGAGCUCAACCUUCUUUAAAAAGUGUGUUACAAAGUAAGGAAGUGGUGGAGAAGUGUGAUCUAGCUAUUGCAAGAUGGUUUAUUGAUUCUUCUGUGCCAUUCAAUGCAGCUAAUUCUGCAUAUUUUCAAUCUAUGGCUGAUGCACUUUGCAGCAUGGGUCCGGGGUAUAAAGUUCCAACUAUGCAUAGUCUUCGUGGGUAUUUGUUAAAUAAAUGGGUUGAAGACGUGAACAAAUUGAUAGAGGAGUAUCGUGAGAUUUGGAAGAAAACUGGUUGUACUUUAAUGGCUGAUGGAUGGACUGAUCGAAAAAGAAGAACUCUCAUAAACUUUUUAGUUUAUUGCCCCAAAGGUACUAUUUUUCUAAAAUCAGUUGAUGCUUCUCAUGCUUCAAAAACUGCAGAUAUGUUGUAUAAGCUUUUUAGAGAGGUGGUUUUAUUUGUUGGGCCUGAAAAUGUAGUUCACAUAGUGACAGAUAAUGCUGCAAACUAUGUUGCAGCUGGAAGGUUAUUAGAAAAUGAGUUUCCUACUUUAUUUUGGUCUCCUUGUGCAGCACAUUGCAUUAACUUGAUGUUGCAGGACAUGGGAAAAUUAGAGGAAGUCAGUGAGGCCGUGUCGCAUGCUUCUAAUGUUACCAAAUAUAUUUAUAACCAUUGUUAUGCAUUGUAUUUGAUGAGAAAGCAAACAGGUGGAAGAGAAAUCCUUCGUCCUGCUCCAACUCGAUUUGCCACUAACUUCAUUGCUUUGCAGAGUAUUUUAUCUCACAAAAAUUCUCUAAGAGCCAUGGUAACAUCUAAAGAAUGGACAAGCUCGGCAUAUGCCAAAGAAGCAAAGGAAAAACAGUUUGUGGAUCAAGUCUUAGAUUCUGGAUUUUGGAGUAAAUGUGCUGAUAUAGUUAAACUCACUGAACCACUUGUGCGUGUGUUGCGUAUUGAUGAUAGUGAAGAUAAACCUGCUAUGGGAAUUCUAUACAAAUCUAUAGUCAAAGCUAGAGAUGAGAUGGUGAGUAGGUUUCAAAGAAAUAAGAAGAAAGUGGAUCCUUACUUGAAAAUCUUAGAUAAACGUUGGGAUUCACAGCUCCGCAAAAAUCUUCAUGCUGCCGGUUAUUGGUUGAAUCCAGCUUGUAGAUAUAAUGGUGUAGAUUUUGAAAAACAUGCAUCCACAACAUCAGGACUUUUAGAUGUCAUUGAAAAGUAUGCUAAUGGAAAUUCUGAACUUCGAUUGAAGUUAACAGAUGAGAUGAGAAUAUUCAAAGAUGGUGAAUUAGAUUUUGGAAGGAAAUCGGCUGUGGAUGAACGAUGUAUUGUGAGGGCAGAUCAAUGGUGGGAAACUUAUGGCACUGGUACACCAACUUUGCAAAGGAAAACACGUCAUGGGAGUUAUGAUCCUAUCAAUAUUGAAACAAUUGGUGACCAUUCUAGUUGGGUAUUAGAGGAUUCGCCACCUCUCUUAACCAAUGAAGAGUUGGAAGCAUUACGCAAUGACCUUGCAAAUAUGACCAUCCAACCGAUUUCAAGUGAUAUUGAUCAAUUAGAUUUAGAUGAGGACGAAGAUGGAGAUGUUGGUAAUGCACAAGACAUUAUUGUUGAUAAUGUCGGAGAAGAUGACGUUUUCGAAGAAGACAAAGAAGCCGAAGAUGGAUAUGAAUAUCAAGAUUAUGACAAUUUGACUCCAUGGGCCUAA